GCUAGUCGGCGAGCGAGACACGGCCAGGACGGAUGGGCCAGUCGCUAUAGCAGCAGACAGCGAGCAGGUAGGACAGAUAACGGUUAGCUAAUCGGUAGACACAGCGGAAGAGGGAGAGAAGGAAAGAGGCAAGCAAAGGGAGUGGGAACGCCGAGGACUGCGACAGUGAUAGGACGGCAAAGGUAGUAAUGAUGUCUGUCCUGGUCGUGGAAUCCUGACGCAUCCGCUUUUGACGAAAUGCAGCCCAGCGUUUGGCCACCCGCGGAAAAGGGACGCGCACGCUCAACGUCGCCUGCUACAACUACCGGAAGGCGUCGUUCAACGAACCUGCUGUACUGACAGUAUUGUACGGGCGUGCAAUUGUAGCAAAAGUCGUGUGACGGCGUGCUCCACCUUGUGUGUAUAUGUGCAGCUGUGUGCAUCUGUGCCCAUCUGGGCGCGUGUACAGCUAAUGAUGGACCGUACGACUAUAACGUGCUUCGUUCGCGUUCGCGCAAGCUGCUUUGAAUGCCGACGAAUGUAGACGCUGCUGACACGGUUGUUUGUUUUCAAGUAGCGUAGGACGUUACUUAGAAAGGGCCAAACGUAAUCUGUGAAUAACCUGCUAGCAGAACUUCAUCCGUAGGCAGCAUCAUCUUCCGAAGCAUUCAUCGUAGUGUUAACAUAGUUGAUCAAUUGUGGCACCGGAACAUUCAUUGCAUUGAUUUCUAUUCUCUUCAAAGCUACGUUAUCAUACGCUGGCCCAUACAACCCGUAACAAUCAUCUAGAUUUACUGCUGCUGUUGUCGUUGUUGUUGUUGUUGCCACUGGUACCGCUGUAAUUAAAAACGUCAAAUUGUACCAACAUUGUAUAAUACUAUCAAGAAUACCAGUACCAAUAAUUAGCUGUUGAAACUACAACGCAAAUCAAGCCGUCACUGCGUAUGCCGUGUAGUAUGCCGUGAUCGAUCGAUCGAUCACGGUACGUGUUCAAUGUACAAACGAGUGGAACUCACGAGGGUCGCUGUAGCAAACGGAAACGAAGGGAAAAUCGCGCAGAUAGCGCAAGUGGUCACAGUGAUUGAAAAAAGAGAAGGGAGAGGGUCUCGAAAUAACGGCAAACAUAAAUAAACGACGAGUAAACGUAUAUUGAACAGACUACUUUCGUCUUUGUGCCCGUACCGUGCAAUGAGAGGAAUGAAUUCGAGCAUGAUACCACGAAACUGUUUGUAAAGAUAACGAAGUCGCGACGGAGGCGGUGCGAAUGGUGCGUACACAGUAGAAUUUUUGAGCGAUGUUUGUGAAGUUGACAAAAGUUGGCGUCUAACUUAGCUUGACUUGACCAUAUCACCUACAAGAUUACGUAAGACUGAGAUAAAUAACGAAAGAACCUAUCGUGCACUACUGCAAUAGCUGCUAUUGCCGCUAAUAACAUCCGUGUGAGGCUAUCUAGCCUUGUAAUGUUUGCGUGAGAAAUCAGGCCCGAUAACAGCGACCACAGGGCGGGAAAAGGUUGCUGGGAAAAAAAAGAAAGACCAUACUAGUUAGUGUCAUAUUGCCAGCACGGCUUAAUGACGAAGACGCUCGUACCUACCAGCCUGUGUGGGACAAUCAGGAGACAGCCAUAACAUAACACUGUCUAGUUGCCCAUUUACAGAGCUGGCGAAGUCCCUACCCACGCGAAAACGUCCUGGGACCACCCCCUCCACGUCAAGACAGGCGCUGGUGUCAGGAUGUUGAACGAAGUAGAUUCGAUCAGAAUUAAGGCCAAACCACCGAUAGCAAGGAGACGCUAAGCUGUCUGCGCUCAGGGACCGAGUGGGGGGCCUGUCCUAGGCCCGCUACGUACAUCGCUGUGGCGUUGUGCGUAUUAGCGGAAGCCAGUGGUGCCUGGUGGUCUGGGCGAAGCGGUAAACCCGUGGAAACACGACGAUGGCAUUUGGUGUGAGCGUGCCUGUAGUCGAAGUGCCACCAUUAACCGGAGGCAUUGGGGGCGGCCCCAACCAGAAGCUCCGUUCCUCAACGGGAACUUCCGGCCUGGGCCGUAUCUUCGAGGCGGCGACUGACGCAUCGACAAAAGGUUGUCGAUGCCGGGGGAACAAAUUUCGGCAACGAUUUGCAACAACGACAAUUCUUUUGUGCGUGAUAAUGCUUGUCUUCCUAUUCAUGUUGCAAGCGAAUAUCAGUUCAAGUGGAAACCUUCCAAUAUUAGGAGCGCAUGUUGUCUACCGGUAUGGCGAUGACGUCAACCAGCUGUACCAGGAUCCUGGGUCAGCACCGGUUGCUCCAGCUGGACGAAAGCUUGCGGGCAGCCCCUCAUUGAAGAAUAAAAAAAAAAAAGCAGCAUCAUCUGACAACGGUGACACCCUAACAAAGAAGCCUAAGUCUCGAAGCCUCAAGGUGACGUCCGAAAUGAAAGAGACGUACAGAAAUUUACAGGCGCUUAUCGACAACCGGAUAGCCGUUGACGCAGUCAAAGAUAAGGCCCUGAUCAUGCGCUGGAUCAAGAGGACUCACUCGAAUCCUACCGUCAUGGACCUCAACAACGUCGAGUUUGAUGGGAACCUGACGACCUUUGAGCGGUUUCAAGCGGCGAUCUCGCAGGACGAGCUGUACCCAGCUGACUCGGCCAUCAUUGACGAGUUGAUUCGUGACAUGGCCCGCUUAGAAAUCGUGCGAGUCGUCCAAAAGGAAGGAGGAACCCAGCUCAAGCUAAUUAUCGAUUAUGAAAAUGGGGGCCAGGCGCUCUUCAAGCCCAUGAGGUUCCCGCGGGACAAGGAGACGGAGCCGAAUCACUUCUAUUUCGUUGACUACGAGCGUCACAACGCUGAGAUCGCAACGUAUCACUUGGACAGAGCGCUUGGUUUCCGGCGUGCACCGCCCGUCGCUGGAAGAACGCUCAAUAUGACCUCAGAAAUUUACGCACUAGCUGACCAGAAUCUUGCCAAGACGUUCUUUGUUUCACCAGCUAAAAAUCUUUGCUUCAGUGGUCACUGUAGCUACUACUGUGAUACAUCGCACGCGAUUUGCGGACAUCCAGACGAUCUGGAGGGUUCCUUUGCAGCGUUCCUGCCUUCAACCGACAUUGCACCACGAACCUCGUGGAGACACCCCUGGAGAAGGUCGUACAACCGGCGACGAAAGGCCGCGUGGGAGAUCGAUCCUGAUUACUGCGAGUUGAUCAAAGAGACGCCUCCAUACAACGCUGGACGCCGGCUGGCCGACCUGACUGACAUGGCGGUGCUCGACUUCCUCACAGGGAACAUGGAUCGCCAUCACUAUGAAACGUUUAAACUGUUCGGCAACGAAUCGGCCCCGGUCCACCUCGACCAUGGACGGGGGUUCGGCAAAGCAAAUUACGACGAGAUGUCCAUUUUGGCUCCUCUGUACCAAUGUUGUUUGAUUCGGCAAUCGACGCUUCGGACACUGUUAAGGUUCGUCACGAUGCCGGGACACCGACUCAGCAAGAAGCUACGGCAAAGUAUGUCCUCGGACGCCGUCGCCCCAAUACUUCUCGAUGGACAUCUCGAAGCGCUUGAUCGGCGGGUACAUAAGAUUCUCGGUGUUGUCGAUACUUGCCUUAGGAAUCGAUCCUUCAGUGAGGUCAUCAUAUACGAUGAGUUCUACUGAAGUUACUGCUAUGACAUAUUUCCAACCUGGCACAGAUUUAGGGCCAGCUCGAUACAUUGUAAUAGCGCCUGCCGUCAUCUCUAACUUCACUGUGGAAACGAAAUGGCUCAACAAACGGAUCACACAUCAUGUUCAGGACCUUUACAUAGAGCAAUUCAAUCAGAACCUCUGAUUGAUUAUGUGACGAAUGUUUCAAUUUUGUGAUUGUUAUUUAGAAUUAAGAAAAGAAUAUUGUCAUUGCCACAAAAUUUUGUAUAUUAUCAUACAGGAAUCUUAUACAGUUUUCUACGUUUUCAUCUCGUUAUGUCGAUUGGGGGCAAAAUAGGAACAAAAUAAGCGAUACAUUGUAUAUUCUAGUUGCUUCGCUAUACGGUUUACGUCGAAACGGACAGAGAGGAAGCUUUGAAGAAGCAAAUUUAACGCCGCAUGAGCCGUUGACAAUAUGAAGCAGUGAUUCGAAAGCACGUUUUCCGUCCGUUCAAGAAUCGUAAAAGCCGCAAAAAAUAAUUAAGGAACUUAGUUGUUAAUAGGAGGAGCGAGCUUCUCGAUAACGGAGCCUGAGCGCAAUGCGCAACCGUUGCUUUGACCAAGCUAAGCCUAAAGGUGGGCAAAACAAUCACCGUGCAAUGGAUGACCUCACCGACCCUACCCUAAUUACACGACAGUGACGGUUCUAACCGCCAAUAAGGAUCCGGCCAACCGGCAGAGGUAGCUUUGACAUGCUGUGCAUUGACUUGCGUGCAACGUGCAUAGUAAUGUGCCACAAUGAUAUCAAACAGGUCGCAUAUCAGCAACGACAAAUAGUAGCAGUUAUAGCGAAUGAUCAUAGUGAACGUAGAGUUUGAGACAGCCGGGACCCACUGACCGAUGAAGACCGCGUCUACUUAAUUGCUCCAGAUAGUGAGUUAUUAUGCAGAUCUAUGUGGCGAAAGAGUUCAUAAGAACAACGAUUACAAAGAGUAUAGUCUAUGUUGAUGAUGGAAACGCCGCUCAAAAGACCUAUAACACAAUCAGCUGCUUCUAGAUAUAGGUACUAAAGUUGUUCCAUGAAAAGUCACAGAUUAGGGUAACAAUUGAAAUAAGGAUGAGUCAGUAGAAUCACCUAUAUAUAAUGAAGUUGGUGUAUGUAAAAAUGAAAAUCAGUAUAAACACAUCUCAACGAAACAGAUAGCUGCUUCUAUCACGUCCAUGAACGAAGCUGGUAUUUGACGUGAGCUAGAGGAAUAUACGUUAACAAACAUUUCAUGCGAGCUCCACCGACCU